AUGGGGAGCAAGGCGCUGCCGGCCCCGAUCCCGCUGCACCCGUCCCUGCAACUCACCAACUACUCCUUCCUGCAGGCCGUGAACACCUUCCCCGCAGCUGUGGACCAGCUGCAAGGUCUGUACGGACUCAGCGCCGUGCAAACCAUGCACAUGAACCACUGGACACUGGGCUACCCCAAUGUGCACGAAAUCACGCGCUCCACCAUCACGGAGAUGGCGGCCGCCCAGGGCCUGGUGGACUCCCGCUUCCCGUUCCCCGCGCUGCCCUUCGCCACGCACCUCUUCCACCCCAAGCAAGGGGCCAUCGCGCACGUCCUGCCGGCCUUGCACAAGGACAGGCCCCGCUUUGACUUUGCCAACCUGGCCGUGGCCGCCACGCAGGAGGAUCCGCCCAAGGUGGGGGACCUGGCCAAGCUGAGCCCCGGACUGGCGUCGCCCCUGUCGGGGAUCAGCAAGCUGUCCCCGGACAGGAAGCCCUCCCGCGGCCGCCUGCCCUCCAAGACCAAGAAGGAAUUCAUCUGCAAGUUCUGCGGGCGCCACUUCACCAAGUCCUACAACCUGCUCAUCCACGAGCGCACGCACACGGACGAGCGGCCCUACACCUGCGACAUCUGCCACAAGGCCUUCCGGAGCGCAGUAGAAUCUCCACACAAAUGCCCCACAUGUGGAAGAACCUUUAAUCAAAGAAGUAACCUGAAAACUCACCUUCUUACCCAUACAGACAUCAAGCCCUACAACUGUGAGCAGUGCGGCAAAGUGUUCAGGCGAAACUGUGAUCUACGGCGGCACAGUCUAACUCACACCCCGCGGCAGGACUUCUAG